CUGAGGCUGGGACCGGGGCAGUCAGUUGGUGUGGAGCCGCCGCCGCCGCCGGGAGAGAGGGACGUGAUGUCCGUGCGUCGCAAACCAUGAAUUAUGUUGGGCAGUUGGCCGAGCAGGUGUUCGUCACAGUGAAAGAACUGUACAAAGGAUUAAAUCCAGCCACCUUGACAGGAUGCAUCGAUGUCAUUGUAGUGAGACAGCCAGAUGGUUCAUAUCAGUGUUCGCCAUUCCACGUCCGCUUUGGUAAGCUUGGGGUAUUACGAUCAAAAGAAAAAGUGGUCGAUAUUGAAAUCAAUGGGGAACCAGUCGAGCUGCAGAUGAAACUAGGGGACACAGGGGAGGCUUUCUUUGUGGAAAUAACAGAGGAAGAUGAGGGCACUGUUCCGACACACUUAGCGACAUCACCAAUUCCGAUUGAAGAGCAGACUUAUUACAUAAAGGAGACCGAUUUGUUAGGGGCCAGUGCUGAAUCAGUUGAAAAUCAGAAUUUGCCAAGUCCAUUUAACAUCCCAGAAAUUGAGAAUAGUACAGUUACCACUUCAACCAAAAAGAAAAGACGUCGUAGGAGGAAAUACAAACAAGGGAGUGCCAAGAAAGAAGACCAAGAAUCCUCUUCAGAUGAACAGGAUGUGCCCGAGCUGGACAUCAGCUCAGAAGAAGUCAGAUAUGUGGCGACAAGCACUGAGAUGUACCAUUUAUAUUCUGAACUACGAAGUGAGCAUUCAAGCACGUUUCAUUCACGAGCAAUCUAUCCAUAUUCAGAUGGAGAAUGGUCUUCUGGUGAAAGCCAUUCCUAUAACCGACCUCCAUCACCAAAAAGUGACUCCGAAUUGGUUGUAAAAUUGCACGAUGGACCGUUUGCAGGGACGGAGCCUCGAAUGCAGUGGUCUUGGGGAGGAUUUCCACAGGUUAGUAAAAUGGGAAGAUCUGAACAGCCAAGAACAGCUACCAUUACACCUUGUGAGCAUACGCAUUUCCGAGUGAUCAAGGACGACGAUGCAAUAGAAUCAGUUGCAUUGAAUUCCUCUGCGGUCAACAAUAUCAUAACUGUUUUACGGCCUCAGCCUCAGCCGCUAACCCAAACAAGCCUUACAUCGCUGGAGAAAUCCAUGGAAAAAGAAACUGCGGCAGUAACUGAGCCAGAUUUUCCUGAAGCCACGCCUUGGCAACUGCCUGAAGCAGAAGUGAAAGAGGAUGCUGUUACGGAUAUCUCGCUUCAAACAUUACAACUCCAAACCACUGAAAAUGGUUCAUCAGAACAGCCAACUGACGAAGUCUUCAAGCCCAUAGUGCAGCCAGACCCCGAAUCCAAUAAACAAAUAGACCCAGGCACUUCAGAAAGUAGUAUCAGUACAGCACAGCAGAUGUCGCCAGAAGAAACCAGUGGAAAAACUGAGGAUAAAGAUAAAAAGAAAGGUGGAUCUAAAAGAAGUCAACACCUGGGUCCUUGUGAUAUCUAUUUGGAUGACCUCCAAAAGUUGGAUCCUAAUGUCGCAGCUCUGUAUUUUCCAAAGAGUGAACAAGAUUCGGUUUCUAAGCAAUUGAAUGAGCCUGGUACACACUCAGAGUCUCAGUCUCCGCAAUCAGUUGGAAGCGCAGCUGUUGACAGUGGCACAGAAUAUCUGUCGGAUUCAGCUUGUGAUCUGCCUGAUGUCAACCUGUCUCUGUGCGGUGGUCUCAGUGAUAACAAUGAGAUUUCUCAAGGGAAGUUCCUGCAGCACAGGAUCAAAUAUCAGGAGUUGGUUGAAAAUCCUGGGCUUAUUGAUGAUCCAAAUCUAGUUAUUGGAAUCAACAAGAAGUAUUACAACUGGGCAGUCGCUGCUCCUAUGAUUCUCUGCAUGCAAGCUUUUCAGAAGAAUUUACCUAAGGCGACGAUUGAUAAGCUUGUGAAGGAAAAGAUGCCAAAAAAGACUGGCAGGUGGUGGUUCUCUUGGCGAAGGAAGAACUCUACAACAACAGAGCCAGACGCCAAGAACAAAAUAGAUGAGGAACAGAAUGAAACCAAUGAAAUUAAACAAUCUACUUCACUAGAGAGUUCAAGGCCGAAGGAUGAAUUUACUUCUAGUGAUGAUGACUUUGGUAACAUGAAGGAGCGUCCAAAGCCAGGGUCUAAAUAUCAAGAUUCACCUGGUCAAUGCACCACAAUUACAUUCAAGAAAUCCUUGAGACUGUCAUCAGAAAAACUGAAGAGUCUAAAUCUGAAAGAUGGUCCAAAUAAUGCAGUAUUCAGUGUAACCACUCAAUAUCAGGGAACCUGCCGUUGUGAAGGUACUAUCUACCUCUGGAACUGGGAUGAUAAGGUUAUUAUAUCAGACAUCGAUGGGACAAUAACUAAAUCCGAUGCUUUAGGACACAUUUUGCCACAACUGGGAAAGGAUUGGACCCAUCAGGGGAUUGCAAAACUAUACCACAAAAUACACCAGAACGGCUAUAAAUUUCUUUACUGCUCCGCCCGUGCAAUAGGAAUGGCAGAUAUAACCAGAGGAUACUUGCACUGGGUUAACGAUCGAGGGACUGUAUUGCCCAAAGGCCCCUUGCUGCUCGCUCCCAACAGCUUGAUUUCGGCUUUACACAGGGAAGUAAUUGAGAAGAAGCCGGAAUUGUUUAAAAUCGAAUGUUUGAACGACAUUAAAAAUCUAUUUAAUCCACAUCGCCGUCCGUUCUAUGCUGCUUUUGGAAAUAGAACCAACGACGCUUAUGCAUAUAAAGAAGUGGGAGUGCAGCAAAGCCGAAUCUUCACUGUGAAUCCCAAAGGAGAAUUAAUUCAGGAGCAAACCAAAAGCAACAAGUCAUCGUACCCACGACUGGGUGAGCUGGUGGAACAUGUAUUUCCACUAAUAACACAAGAACGGAGUUCAGCUUUUCUUUAUCCGGAGUUCAGCCAUUUCGCUUUUUGGAGAGAAACACUUCCUGAGUUAAAUCUGGAUGAGAUCAAUGAAUUUAAAAUAACCAAAGAAUAAUACUACGCCAUUAGCACAGCAGGAUCAAUGCUGGCAUAUAUCAUUGCCUAUUCAUGUACUACAAUAAUGCACAAUUUUAGAUGUGAUCUGCAACUUCUGAUUAAUGUCUAAUGGCUUAGAAAAUCUAUAUCUUGGUUAACAGUUAUCAUACUGGUCACAAGUAUUCAUUUGAAUAAAUUCAAGUGGAGUUGAACAUUCAUUCAAUAACUCCCAACAGCUACAUACCACUCCAGUAGUGAGUGGAUGCAACUUGUCGCUUAUAUUGUAAUUUUUCUAUUUAUGCCUCUGCCUAUAUUUGUUCAGUUCAAUUCAAUCAAGAUUAAGACAUUUUUCAUGCUGAUGUAGCUUUUGGAGGAAACAUGCCUAUGAAUAUACAUCAGAUUAUUGCUGUCUUGAUGUUAUUGAGCAGCGGUGGAUUCUAGAUGAAUAUAGAUUCUGACUAGCAAGUAUUUCUGGCUAAUACACUGCAAUUCUCGUACCUAUGGGGAAUCCCUUUAUUUGUGCAAUUUCUGCUGAGAGGAUAGAUUGGCCAAAAAAUCACCCAGCUUGUUGGGUCCAAUAAUGAAAUGAUACUACACGCCUCCUUUGUCAAAGGGCUGCAAGUCCUUGUCUACAUACCCUUAGAUCAAAGUGUAACGAAAGUUAUAGAGGCUUUUCUCAGAAAAAGAGAUUCUGAGACGGCCUCACUGCCAAAUAGUGCCUGUAUGGUGGGAAAUGGGUAACAGGAAAAAAGCCCUUGGCCAGUCGGAGCAAAUGAGAGUCACUGAUCACCUGAGAGGAAUUCACCCAUCCGUUACUCCAGCAGUAAUUUGAGAUGUUUUUAAGAAGUUUGGUUGUGAUUUACUCUCCCUAACUGAAUUGGGAAUCUGGAGUGAGAGUGACAGAAAUCUGGUUGUGGUGGAGGGGAGUGGGGAGAGUUGAAAUCAGAGAGUAAGACAAUCAGCCAGAGCGGAAGCUGAAGCAGAGGGAGUUUGAGAUUUGUUAACAAAAGUGGGAGAGAUUGAAACAGAUCACGAGAGCGAGCGACAUAAAGAUAUGGAACCGGAGUUGUUGCAGUAUUGUAGCACAAAAAAAAUAGAGAGAAAAAAAAUAACAGAUUCCAAACAGCACAAAGGACCAGAAGGAAAAAACACAUCAGUCUGUUGCCUUUCAAGCGGCUUGCUGCCCGGAGUCCUGACUGAAGGAAAGGGGCAGUGAGCAGUCAAGGUUAAUUUGCACUUGCAAAUUUGCAACUUAUGCUUGCGUCCAUUUGUAUUGCUGUAAGGUUCAGCAUAAUCAAAGAUACUUUUGUUUAUCUUGACUUUUCUAAAGUUUAUAGCUGCAGAUGGGAUGGAUACUAGUAAUUCAACUGUUUGUUGAUUUAGCUCCUAUUUGCUACUAUAAAAGGUGUACUUUAUUCACCAUAAGAAAAAAUGGUUGAAGGAACGUUUUUCUGACAAUUUUGACUCCAGAAUCAAAAUUCUGGAAUUUUUACAACACAUGCUCUGAUACUGAAAUGUAGUGAAGUUCCAUCAGAAUAUUCCUGUAGUGUAAAUCAGUAUUUAGUCUUUAAACAUGGCUGCCCACGUCAAAGAUUGUACACAGGAGAACACUACAACUUUUAAUAAAUGUGCUGGACCACAUCACAGUCUGUGAGUUUAAUGGUGUGAAUGGAUUGUGAUCCCAGCCCCCGAAAAACCUUACAACAGAAAUGCCACAGAGAGAUCUGGAACUGUCGGGUAGUUUCGAGUUAACCAGCAUGUGGCUCCCAAUAAGAAGGCUUGUUGCACAAUGAAGUAAGUCUUUCAGUUCCCAAACUCAAAUUGGGUGACUUGCCCAUUCUGCAAGAAACUGCUGGUCGGAGGAUUUUGUGAAACUGCGCUUGAUCUUAAGCUGAAGAGCCAGAAUCCUGCCUUCUCUUGCGCUCCGGGACACUACCCCACAUGAAGGGCGCUAUGUAAAUGCAAGUUGUUGGUUGACAGCUGGCAUUUGUCAGAGAUGCUGCAACUUACUUCCAAACGUUGUUGGGAGGGAAGCAGGGCAAUGUAGUGAGAAGCCUUUUAAGGAGGUUAGAGAGUAAAUCUCAAAACGAGAACAAUUUGUUAUUUUAGAGCAGGUUCUAACAAUUAAUGCACUUUCUGUGAUGUGCCACUAUAACUGCAACAGUGACAAAAAAAAGUUGUCAUUUUGGUCUAUUUGUAGAAAUAAUAUUUUUUAACAUUCAACAACUACAAAUUGGUUACUAAUGAAGCAAAGUAUUUGAAAUGAACUUUCGUUCUUUCAUAACUGAUGCUUCCAUCAAAUUGGACCUUUCAAGCUCACUUGUUCAUUUCUAAAUGGUGUUACUUUGUGAAAUGAGUUUUUUUUUUAAGGAUUGAGCUUUUUGGGAUAAAGCAAAUGAUUGUUUCACAUAGUCCUGCUUUGGAUUACAGUCAAAACGCAAUGCUAGUGUAGAACCCAUUGCUUACAAAUAAGAACCGUCUUUAUUGACUAAGUUUUUGGCUUCUACACGGUGGUGUACUGUAAAAUAUUUAUUAAAUAGUAGAAGUUCUGAUCUGUUGAGAUGUUUUUGGGUUAUGCUGAUUGAAUUAGACCCUAAAAUGCUAUGUAACCUACAGAAUUCUCAAUUUUCAGAUUUAUUAAAAGGGCAUUUAAUAAGUGAUCUAUGGAAGACUGUUUUUCUAUUGAGUGCAUUUUAAUAAAAAAAUGUCUUGCAUGCAAA